UGGAGGGGGGGCGGGAUGCCCAGGGUAUUGGGGUCAGGGUGGCAUUAGCCUAGCUCAAGCCAGGCCGGGCUGACUCAGCACCCCGUCCUGGCCACCCCUCAUCCCCGACGGCUCGGCACUCUCCCCUCGGGCAGCGAUGGGAGAUGGCGCCGGUGCUGCCCCUGGUGCUGCCCCUCCGGGCCCGCGUCCGUCUGGCGCAAGGGCUCUGGCUCCUCUCCUGGCUGCUGGCCCUAGCCAGCGGCCUCACCCUGCUCUCUAGUGGGCACCUCCUGGUCCAGCUGCGGCACCUGGGCGCUUUCCUUGCCCCGUCCUGUCGGUUCCCUGCCCUGCCGCAGACCGCGUUGGCAGCGGGUGCGGCGGCUCUGGGCACGGGGCUGGGGGCGGCGGGAGCCAGCAGAGCCAGUUUGGACGCGGCCCGGUUCCCUCCCUGGCGAGGGGUCCUGGGCCCGCUGCUGGCGGCUGGCACGGCCGGGGGCGGGGGGCUGCUGAUGCUCGCCCUGGGGCUAGCCCUGGGUUUGCCUGUGAGUCUGGACCAGGGGCUGGAGGAGGGCCUGGGGACCGCCCUGGCUCACUACAAGGACACUGAGGUGCCUGGGCGCUGUCAGGCCAAACGGUUGAUGGAUGAGCUGCAGUUGAAGCAUCAUUGCUGCGGGCGCCAUGGCUACAAGGAUUGGUUUGGGGUCCAGUGGGUCAGCAGCCGCUACCUGGACCCCAAUGACCAGGAUGUGGUUGACCGGAUCCAGAGCAAUGUGGAAGGCCUAUACCUGACAGAUGGGGUCCCGUUCUCCUGCUGCAAUCCCUACUCGCCCCGGCCAUGCCUGCAAAACCGACUCUCAGACCCUUAUGCCCACCCUCUCUUUGAUCCCCGACAACACAACCUAAACCUUUGGGCCCAAGGGUGCCACGAGGUGCUGCUGGGACACUUGCAGGACUUGUCGAGCACACUGGGCAGCAUGCUAGCUGUCACCUUCCUGCUGCAGGCUCUGGUGCUCCUCGGCCUGAGGUAUCUGCAGACAGCGCUGGAGGGGCUUGGAGGGGUCAUCGAUGAGGAAGGAGAAACCCAGGGUUAUCUCUUCCCUGAUGGGUUUAAAGACAGGCUGAAAACAGUGUGGCUGCCAGGAAGGGGUGCCCAUAAGCCAGCGCCUGAGGAUGCCCCACCUGAGGACGACCCUCCCAAGGAGGACCAACCAGAGCCCUAGCAGUCUGCAACUGGGGUAGGGCAUGGAGGCUAAGUACAAGGAAGGGAUGGACAAAUGUGGCAAACUCAAUGCCUUGAGCUCUCCCUUGGCUUUUUUUUUUUUCCUCAAGACUGGCACUCUACCAUUUGAGCCACAGUUCCACUUCUGGCUUUUUGGUGGUUAACUGGAGAUAGAGUCUCACAGACUUUUCCUGCCCAGGCCGGCUUCAAACUGUGAUCCUCAGAUCUCAGCCUCCUUGAGUAGCCAGGAUUACAGGCGGGAUAGCAUCCUGCACCUGGCAGGAAACUCCUAGGAUUAGAAGGGUUAAGGGUAGUCCCAGGCUAGACUGGGGUGAGAAACUAGAUUUCCUAGGAACCAGCCCUGUGGCCAAAGCCAGGAGGGAUGGAGAAGACACGGGGUGAUGGGAAAAUCCGCGGAAGGGCUGGACAUGGCCUCUGGCGCGGGCUCCGUAAUAAAGUGUUUGUAAGGAA